ACCAACGAAAGGUUAUAUGGGUUACCAGACUCGCACCACCAACGAAAGCAUUUCUUCCUCCCACUCUUCCUUCUUCCCUUCUUUCUCUGCACUUUCUCCAGCAAAACACACCUGGGGUACUGCAAAUCCAUCAGAUCGAUGUUGUAUUCUGUCUGGGCACCUACAACUUUCACACCCUACCAAAGAAUCCCUGAUUUUGGAAGAAAACGUCCAAUAUACACAAAGUUCCGUGUGUCUGCUUCGAUACCUGAUACUGAUGGACCUAAGAAGGAGUACACUCCGUGGUUGAUUGUCGGAUUAGGGAACCCUGGAAACAAAUAUCACGGAACUAGGCACAAUGUUGGUUUUGAAAUGAUUGAUUCGAUCUCUCAAAAAGAAGGGAUAAAGCUAAAUACUAUACAAUCUAGGGCUUUAAUUGGAAUAGGGUCAAUUGGAGAGGUGCCGAUUUUGUUGGCAAAACCUCAGACCUACAUGAAUUUUAGUGGUGAAGCGGUUGGACCACUCGCUGCCUACUAUCAAGUACCUUUGCGCCAUAUACUUUUGGUUUAUGAUGAGAUGAGCUUACCCAAUGGCGUUAUGAGGCUUCAGCCAAAAGGAGGGCAUGGUCAUCAUAACGGGCUCAAAAGCGUUAUGGACCAUUUGGAUAGCUGUCGUGAGUUUCCCCGACUGUGCAUAGGGAUUGGCAAUCCUCCUGGCACCAUGGACCAGAGAGCUUUUCUGCUUCAAAAGUUCAGUAUCGAGGAGCGGAAGCAGGUAAAUGCUGCACUUGAACAAGGGGUAGAAGCAGUGAGGACCCUUGUCAUGAAAGGUUUCGAUGAUGGCAUCACCAGAUUCAAUUUGGGGCAGAAAUACAAGUAUCACAAGGUUGACCUCCAACCGAAGCGUAACACAGCGCGCAAUGUAAAGAGUGAGAUGUCUACCAGAAACUGAACAGAAUUAUUGUAUUUUGAACUAAUUGUACCAAGUCCAAGCCCAUUCAUUACUAGCAAGGACAUAAGGACAUAAUACCAGUAGGAAUCUCUAUAAAAUCUCAAGUAGCAUCUAUUUCUGCACAAACUCUUGCCUAACCCAUUCCAGAUGACCAAUAAAACUUGCAAUUGCUUCCAA